CUAUGCCACCAUCUCCAAGUGUCAGGAAAACAAGAAUAGGUGUGAUUGACAAUUCAAAUACCCGCUAGUAGACUUGUGGUGACUUUAGCAAUGUACUGAUAGGGCUCCUGUCGCCACUCUUCGGUCAUGAUAGACAAAAAUAAAUUCCCGAAAGCAAACACUAAAGAAUCGUUGAGCAAGUAUUUCAAGCAACACCGUCUGCGGGGCGAUGAAAAGCUGCCUUGCCGCCUGUGCAACGAGACUUUGGAACAUGAUGCAUCGGUAGAUGCAUGCCCAGACAAUACACGGAACUAUGUCAAGAGGAGAAUAAACUGGCAACAACAUCGGGAUUCAUCAUGGGUACCCGUGAACUAUCGCCAUUCGUCACGAAGACAAGUCAUCCAGAUUAUCACGAUCAUCUAUACAUUCGCAGUCCUAGGGAACGAGAUAUGGUGGAAAUCGGCUGCAGCACUUGUGUGUGUUGAAUUUGCUUUGAUUUUGAUAAUAACAUUGAUUCCACAAGUCCCAACCCCCGUCGAGCUGGCAUAUAUCUUACCCUUCACUUCACAAGCUGCGGCUAUGGGUGUAAUCUGGGCAUCGUCUCGAGGCAUAUUCCGAAACAGGAUACAGAAGCAUACGGCUGAUCAUCUGUUGGGUUUGGGCUUGAUCACUCUCCUUGUCUCUGCACUUUUACUUCCACUGUCAACUCUCGGGUACUUUCGGAGCCAGAUGACUCUCCAAUGGGUACUCUUCAUGGUAAUCACAACGGUAGCCUACCGACUUCCUGAGAGCUCUAGCAACGAGCCUGCUACAACCAGUGCCUCACAGAUUGAGCUCACACCAAUGGGCGGCUCAUGCAGUAUGAAUGAACCUCCGCCCGAGAGUUCGCCGGACCUCAACGAACGAACAUCAAUCCGUUCCCGCGUAACCCUCCCUCCUGAUUCUGUACGAUCAGUUGAACAUUCUGGCAACAAACAAGACAUUGACUCGUCAGUGUAG